UACACACCACGUUUGUUUUAAAUGGUUUCGGACGGAGUGAGGUUUUGUAGUAUUUUGUAGUAUCUCUAUUAUUAUGGAGUCUUUAAGGGAACAAGUUAUGAUAAAUCAGUUUGUUCUGGCUGCUGGAUGUGCAAGAGACCAAGCCAAACAGUUAUUACAAGCAGCACAUUGGCAGUUUGAGACUGCAUUGAGUAUAUUUUUCCAAGAAGCUACGGUACCAAGCUAUUCUCAUCAAAAUGGCCAUUUUAAUGCAAUGUCUACUCCAGCUAAUACUCCUGCAACACCUCCAAACUUCCCUGAGACGUUACUGUCUUUCUCCAAACUGUCAGCAUCUGACAAAAUGAGUACAUCUCCACCUGGGCACUGUUUUCAGUCAUCUACCUCAUCAACAGGUAAUUCUUAUCAGCACAACAACAAUAAUACCAGUGCCAUGAUCCCUAUUAACAGUACCUGUGGGACAGGUAGUUGUGCAAGUUUCAAGACACCACAGUCACCCUCUUCACCUCCCAACAUGGAAGUUGAAGCUCAGAGGUAAAGUCUAAAGACUGUUUCAGUGUGAUCUGCUGCUGCCAUGAUAUAUAUAUAUAUAUCAGAGCAAUGGAGCUGAUGAACUCCGUUCAGUUGGAUGUUCCUGAACACCAGACUAGUUGGUUUCUCCCUGAUCCCUGGUGUAAGUCUCUGGUUGAGAUGAUGAGAGCACAGGAGUCUUCCUUUCUUGCCCUGUCCUGCAUGUUUUUGAAAAACAUCAUUUACCUGUCUCAGUAUAGUGGUUAUGUUUGAGUUUCAGUCAACAGUACCUAAGGAUUGGCUAGAUUCAUACACCCAUAGUCAUUUUGUGUACCCUUUAGAAAAGUUACUUUGAUGUAUGUUUUACAAACUUUCUCAGAAAAUGUCAGAAGAGUGUUGCUCUUUUGAGCUGUACUUGGUAUUAAUGUAGACUCAUUGUAGUUUAGUGGAUUGGUAUAGACUCAGACAGUAAUUUGUGGUGUAUUGUUCUCAGGAUACUCUUAAAAUUGCCAAAAUAUUAUUAUUAUUUGUUUUUAAUGUUGAUGUUUAAACUGGAAAACCUCAGGAUGGUUUGAGAUGUGAAGCUAUAGCACAGAAUGAAGAUUGGUGGGCAAGAAAAAAUAUUAAGUUGGCUUGAUUAAAGGAAGAAAAAAUGAAUUAUGUCAUUGUAAGCAGGUUCCUAAUAGUUACGUACAUUAUCCAUAGGAUUUUAUCUUCUUUCAUGAGUAAUCAGCGGAUCAUGUCUUAGUCAUAUUGUUCAAAAUGUAUGUGGAUAAUUAGGGGUAAGAAAUAACUUGCUUGCAUUUUUUUUUCACUAUAGAAUAAGUGAUUGCUUACAUGUAAUUUAAUAUGUAUAUUUGAUUUCUUAAUAAUGUAAAAUAAUGGAAUUAUAUUAGUUACAGUCAUAAAUAGUUAAAUUCAGAAUUUUUAAUGAAAAAGGGCCAUCAAAAACAUUAGUAUAUUUAAAAGAUGAAAAAAUAAUGUUAUUAUAUGACUUAUAUUUCCGACAUUUGCUAAUUUGUGUUGUGUGAAAAUAGUUUUUACAUUACAGGUCUCCCAAUUGGCCACUACAAAAAAUUGUUCUUUUUUAAUGUUUCCUUUUUCCAAAUGAGGAAAUUUUGGUUUGACAAUUAAAUUAAUGUUAAAUAUAUAUAUGUAUAACUUAUACUUGACUAAAUACUAAAUGUAGAAUUUCCAUGAAGAAAUUCAUUACUUUUCGUGUGAUGACAGACAUUUUACUGUGUAAGUGCUGAUAAAGAAGUUUUUCAGUGGAACUUUAGGCAGAGUAGAUAUAGUAGACUUGAGAACUUUAACGGACUGCAUCGUCCUGUUGAAAGCAAAUGAGACAAUGUUUGUGAUUCUAUAAUAAGGACAUGAAGAAGGCCUCAGUAUAGAAGCCAAAACAUCCUCUCCUUUUCUUUCAACAGGAAGAGGCAGUCCAUUAAAGUUCUCAAACCUGCUGAUAAAGAAGUCUUGAUUAUUUCCUCACAUCAUAAAUGUUACAAAAUCAUUAUAUUUCCCCUGAUCUUUAUUGGAUAAUUAUGGUAAUAUAACUACUGUAUAAAAUUUUGUGGCAAUGUUUUUGGUUGAAAAUAUAGGUUCCCUUCAUAUUUAUUGAUUUUAAAGGGUUUUUUAGGCCUAUUUUGAACAAAAAAUUAAAAGGUUUUAAGGUAGCAUAUAUUCUUUGUAUGGCAAUCUUUUUGCAUAUUUUGUAUCCUUAACUUCUUUACUUUCAAUGACCAGUGCAAAAAAGUCCUAGCUAAAUUAAAAACUCUCAAAAAGUAUGAAAAAUAAAAGGUUUUCCAAUUUAAAUGUCUUUAAACAUAUUUUUCUCAAAAUCAGAAAAUUUAUAUUAUCAUAGUGGUUUUUAUCUCAUAACUUCAGAUCUGUUGAGGCUAUAGACUUCACAACUGGCAUAAAUAUGCAUUAUUAAUGUAUCUAUAGUGUUUGCUAAGGUAAAAUUAAUAAGUUUGGUUUAUAUUAAAUAACCAUUAAUGAGUCACUGUGGCAUAUGACCUAUUUAGGACAUACCCCUUAGUGCCAUAAUUUGACCUUGAACUACUUUUCAAGUUUUUCUUAGUUCAGACAAAUCCUUCACAUCCCAUUAAAGUCUGGAUCUAUUUAAGGAGCAUUCAGUCAUGUUUGUAGAAGUUAUCAGGAACAUAAGACAUUUCUUUUGUAUUUCUAUAUUUAUAUAAUAUGCAAAUUAGCCACAGUGGUAAUGUUAUACAUGUGCCAGAAUAUGUCUUUGUACCUGUUGUAAAAAAAAUUAACUCUAUUGUUGUGGGGGAUAAGCUAGCAAAUUGGAUAGAAGAGUGGCUGGAUGGAAGAAAGCAGAGGGUUGUUACAAAUGGAAUUCAGUCAAACUGGAUUAAUGU